UUUUUUCUAUGUUUUGUUUUUUUGGACGGUGACACUAGCAACGAGGAUGAGACUUUUGCUGCGCUGUGUCCUGCUAUUAUCUGUUUCCACUUUCGCAGCCGGUCUCGAUUUUCAGCCGGGACCCAGACCCUCCGGACGGUCGGUUUUUGUGAGGCAUUCAAACGCCGAGGAGAAAGCUGCGAAGCUCGCAAAGAGGUCUCUGCCCGCAUGGCUGGCCGCAUCACCGAAUCACAAGAUCAGACGGAGGAGCGCCGAGCAGGGCGACUCCUGCAGUGCUCUUCACGGGCAUGACACCAAGUUAGCAGACAACACCCACCGUUAUACCUUCAAUGACCUGAGUGGUUCAGUGUCACUGGCCUGGGUUGGAGAUGGCACAGGGGUCAUCCUGGCUUUGACGACUUUUCAGGUGCCCUUCUUCAUGAUAAGACUUGGGCAGUCCAAACUCUAUCGAAGUGAGAACUAUGGGAAGUCAUUUCAGGAUGUCACCAACCUCAUCAACAACACCUUCAUCCGAUCAGAGUUUGGCAUCGCUAUUGGCCCCGAGAACUCUGGGAAGGUGAUCCUGACAGGCGAUGUGUCCGGAGGUCAUAGAUCUCGGAUCUUUGUCUCUGACGACUUUGGAAAAAGUUUCACCCACAGGGACCUGCCCUUCAUCCCCCUGAUGCAGAUCACAUACAACCCUGACAAUUCCAAAGUGCUGCUGGUCCUCAGCAACAAUAAUGAAAUGUGGCUGUCUGAAGAUUUUGGCAGCAACUGGAAAAAGGUCCAUGACAUGGUGUGUCUGGUGAAGUGGGGAAGGAAAAAUACCAUCUUCUUUACAGCCAGCCUCAACGGGUCCUGCAGUGAUCGGGGAAUGCUCGAAUUGAGGAGGACUACAGACUAUGGUAAAACCAUCAAGACUGUCGCCAGUAAGAUCUACUCUUUUGGCCUGGGUGGACGCUUCCUCUUUGCCUCUGUAAUGACAGGCAAGGGGACUCUGAGGAUGAUCCACGUGUCGGUGGACCAGGGUGAGACAUGGAACAUGGCCCAGCUGCCCCCUGUUGGCCACGAGCAGUUCUACUCCAUCCUGGCAGCCAACGAUGAAAUGGUCUUCAUGCAUGUUGACGAGCCAGGAGAUACAGGCUUUGGUACCAUAUAUGUAUCAGAUGACCGGGGCACUGUGUACUCCAAGUCACUGGAGCGGCACCUUUAUACCACAACAGGGGGUGAUACAGACUUCACUAAUGUCACCUCCCUGCGUGGAGUUUUCAUCACCAGUGUCCUGGGUGAAGGGGACUCUGUGCAGUCUGUGGUGUCCUUUGAUCAGGGAGGGGAAUGGGUUCCUUUGAGGAAACCUGCCAACAGCAAGUGUGAUGCUACCGCCAAGGACCCAGACAAGUGCAGCCUCCACAUCCACGCAGCCUACAGUACUGCUAUGAGACUGAAUGUCCCCAUGCUGCCUCUGAGUGAACCAAAUGCUGUGGGUCUCAUUUUAGCUCAUGGGAGUGUUGGUGAUGCCAUCUCAGUGAUGAGGCCUGAUGUGUAUGUGUCUGAUGAUGGAGGGUACACUUGGAUAAAGGGCCUCAAUGGACCUCAUCACUACGCCAUUCUGGACUCUGGAGGGCUGCUGGUGGCUGUGGAGCACACCCCCACUCAACCUGUCAAAACGAUCAAGUUUUCUACUGAUGAAGGACAGUGCUGGGGUGUGUACAACUUCACCGAAGACCCCAUCUACUUUACUGGGCUGGCGUCAGAGCCGGGCGCUCGCUCUAUGAAUGUCAGUAUCUGGGGCUACAGAGAUUCCCUCCUCAGCCAGUACUGGAUCUCCAUUACCAUUGACUUCAGGGAUCUUCUCACCAGAGACUGUGACGACAAGGACUAUGUGCAGUGGCUGGCCCACUCAGAUGACAUCAGCGACCCCAACGAUGGUUGCAUGCUGGGCUACAAAGAGAGGUUCCUGCGUCUCAGAAAGGACUCUGUUUGCUGGAACGGACGAGAUUACCAGGUCAACACCCAGCCAGCCCCGUGUCCAUGCACUUUGGAUGACUUCCUGUGUGACUUCGGAUACUACCGUCAAGAGAACAGCUCAGAAUGUGUAGAGCAGCCGGACCUGAAAGGGAAAGUGCUAGAGUUCUGUCUGCACGGCAAAGAGGAGCAACUGCAGACUAGUGGCUACAGGAAAAUCCCUGGAGAUAAGUGUGAGGGAGGAGAGAUGCCUGAGCGUAAAGAGAUUGACCUCAGUAAGAGGUGUGUGAGUGACCUGGUGGGCCCAGAACUUCUGAUAGACAAUCACUCCUCCAAGUCUGUACCCAUUGUGAUAACAAUCAUCAUCGUCAUGCUGCUGAGCAUAGCAGCAGGAGUUGUCUUUGUCAAGAAAUAUGUCUGUGGUGGCAGGUUCUUGGUUCACAGAUACUCUGUGCUGCAGCAGCAUGUUGAAGACAAUGCAGCUGAGGGGAUAGAUGAACCGCUCGAGACCAACCACACUCAAAACGGCAAGAUAGAGUUUCAUGACGAUUCGGAUGAGGACCUGCUUGAAUAGGAGGCACAACCUGUCAUGCAACUAAGUAACAGGUUUCCAGUCCACCCCGUGGCGGGCCGCUGUUCCUGUCACACUUGUCCCCAGCUCCUUCUUCCUUUCACCCUCUAGUAUGACCUUUGGCCUCAGCUACCAGACGAACAGUCUGUGUCACUCUGCUGUCAUCUGUGAAGUAUAAUGAAUGUAUGGAGGCGUCCUGGGACUAAUGCACAGUUGAGGAGAACUAAGGAGAUCUUGUAGUGAUGUGCUUCAGUUAUUCUAUUGAGUUUGAAUCUCCAAGUUAAAUGAAGAACUUAUGCAGUAAUUUGAACUGCUGACAGAGCCAGAGUAAUGGUUUUAAGGCAAAGCUAUUGGUAGAAAUCCACCACCAUUGCAUUAUGGGUCCGGCCUCUCCCAUCACCUGGGAGUGCUCCUGGAAAUACUGUUGAAGAUCUUUGUCCUUUUUCGCAUGCAUGUGUAGAUAAACCUGUUUUUUUAUUUUGUUUUUUUUUUUGUUUUUUUUUUGUUUUUUUUGCCAUUUUUGAUGUGUUAUCAAUUUGGAUGGUGUUAAAAAGAUUGCUGUUGUAAGCUGGUAAAUAGUUCUCCCAAACCACUAGAGUCUUACUCCCUACUUUUAAUGAAGCAUUUGUUGGUCAAAAAGCGUGCCCCGGACACCCAAGAAUAUGUAAAUUUGAGGUUUUCAGCCUCCUUUCUUGGCAUUGAUUUGUGAAAUCCCUUGUUGUAGUCUGUACUUGGAAAACAAGCCUGCAUACUUUUUGGUACUCCAUGGCGUUGAGAUCCAUGGUCAAAGUAAUAAGACACAAGUGGACAUUUCCAUUUGCAUUAGGUUUGAUAGCAAUAAGAUGUUUAGAUCCAGUAUAUCAUGCACGUUAAAUAAUCCUAUUGGCACAAUAUCUCUAAAGUCUCCAGUUGUGCAAUCCGAUGAAUGGAGACGUUUUUGCGUGAAACGCAUUACGCGUCAGCGAAUAGGGUGUUAAGGUGUGUCUGUUUAAAGACAGAAUUUGUUGAAACAUUAAUGUCUGCAGUUCUAACUGCCUAAAGCACAAGGUCCUUUGUAUGCUAAGAGUUUGUAGUUUAACAUUUUUCCUAAUUGUGACAUAAUGAUUAAUGUGAUAAUACUGUAAUAGUCACUGUAGUCAUAUACAAGUCUUAUUUAUAAUCAUUCGAGCAGUUUUUGUACUAACAAACUUUUGAACUUCUGUGGCAAAUGACAAAGAUGUUAAGAAAUGAAAGAAAUAAUUUUAGUUUGAUAGUAAAUGUCACAAAUAUUUUUUGCAACCCAUUCAGAUAACCCAACACAUUCGUGUAAUUUGGUGACAGAAACCCAGUUCAAUGAUGUAAAUGUUGUAUAGCAUAAUUAACACUAGCCUAUUAGUUAAUAGACAUGGUUGUAUAAGCUGCAACACUUUUUUUUUUUUUUUUUUGGUAUUUGCAUCUGAGAUGGAGCAAGUACUCUAAAUAACAGGGUUAUUGAAAGUCUCUCAUCUGUGUCUUUUACAGUAAAUUGCUGUCUUCUUUUUAAUCAUCCUGAUACUACUGUCAUUUUGAAGCUAAACUGGGUUGGCCAAUGCCUCUCAACAGAUCUGUCAUGCCAGAUCACGUCAAAUCUUACAGGAUUUUUUUUUUUCUUCUUUUAAACAUUUAUUGCACAAUCAUUUGUCUGUCUUGUUUUAAAUAUGUUGCUUUCAUACAGUCUUUAUUUAUUUGUGACUGGUAGGUUCAGAGUGCAGUAAACUGGAUGUGGUUAUGCAAGUGCCUGGUGUGAGGAUAUGAUGUGAGGCCGUCCCAAUGUGUGGCCAGCGUCUAUCUACUGAUGAUUAUUUAUAUCAACUAAGGUGUAAUCAGUUUCAUCCGGUAUGUCAGCGACACCCCUUAGCCGUAAUUGUUGGCCAAGAUGAAUCCCGGAGCAGUAAAGAACAUGCCUGUUUCAUAUGGGCUGCCAUUAAACUGCAUGUUAACUCUCAGUAAUAUUUAAAUCCACAGAGCUCUGUACAGAAAAAGGCCUACAAUAGCCGGGUUGCUCUCUCUUUCCUGUCUUAGUGUGAGACUAAAUUCUGGCUGUGAUACUUUGACAAGAGUCAACUCAAAUAAAAAAACACAGAACGGAUACAGGGUCAUUAUGCAGCUGCUAUACACUGGGAGGGACUCGCUGAGUUCUUAUUUAAUGAGGGUUUCUUGCAUUAAGUGAGGGUAACACAUUUUUCUUACAGUUUAAAAUUGCUGUAUAAAUUAAUGACUCAUUGUGAUGGUUCUGUAAAUAUACAAGGUUACAUCUUUGUAUCUGAUAUCUUUCUCUCCUGUAUAUUUGAGGCAAUUUUCUUUGGGUUUGCCAAUAAAU